ACCCAUCAACAACAACUACUCCUCUCCUCCUCCUCCUCCUCUUCCUCCUCCUCCUCCCCACCACCACCAUCUCCAUCACCCACCAACAACACCACAAUAAUCCACAGCCAAGAGACCAUCAUGCAGACAUCAGAGACCGGGUCGGACACAGGUUCGACAGUGACUUUACAGACAUCUGUGGCUAGUCAAGCAGCAGUGCCUACACAGGUGGUACAGCAAGUACCAGUACAACAACAGGUGCAGCAGGUACAGACUGUGCAGCAGGUACAGCAUGUCUAUCCAGCUCAGGUGCAGUACGUGGAAGGAAGCGACACUGUCUAUACCAAUGGAGCAAUCCGAACAACAACUUAUCCUUACACAGAAACGCAGAUGUACAGCCAAAACACUGGAGGGAAUUACUUUGAUACUCAAGGGAGUUCUGCACAGGUGACUACCGUGGUCUCAUCCCACAGUAUGGUGGGCACUGGUGGGAUUCAGAUGGGCGUCACGGGAGGACAACUCAUCAGCAGCUCUGGAGGAACCUAUCUGAUUGGCAAUUCAAUGGAGAAUUCUGGUCACUCAGUGACACAUACCACUCGGGCUUCCCCAGCGACAAUUGAAAUGGCGAUUGAGACGCUGCAAAAGUCUGACGGUCUGUCCACUCACAGAAGCUCUCUUCUCAACAGCCAUCUCCAGUGGCUGUUGGACAAUUACGAGACAGCAGAAGGAGUGAGCCUUCCCAGAAGCACUCUUUACAACCACUACCUACGACACUGUCAGGAACACAAACUGGACCCAGUCAAUGCUGCUUCUUUUGGAAAACUUAUAAGGUCAAUUUUUAUGGGGCUACGAACCAGGAGAUUGGGAACCAGAGGAAACUCCAAGUACCAUUACUAUGGGAUUCGUGUCAAGCCAGAUUCCCCUCUUAAUCGUCUGCAAGAAGACAUGCAGUAUAUGGCUAUGAGACAACAACCCAUGCAACAGAAACAAAGGUACAAGCCUAUGCAGAAAGUGGAUGGGGUUGCAGAUGGUUUCACAGGAAGUGGUCAACAGACAGGCACAUCUGUUGAGCAAACUGUAAUUGCCCAAAGUCAACAUCAUCAACAGUUUUUAGAUGCAUCUCGAGCACUUCCAGAGUUUGGAGAAGUUGAAAUCUCUUCUCUGCCAGAUGGUACUACCUUUGAGGAUAUCAAGUCACUGCAGAGUCUUUAUCGAGAGCACUGUGAGGCAAUAUUGGACGUUGUUGUGAAUCUUCAAUUUAGCCUGAUAGAAAAAUUGUGGCAAACAUUCUGGCGCUAUUCUCCCUCUACUCCAGCUGACGGCACUACCAUUACUGAAUCAAGCAAUCUGAGUGAAAUAGAAAGUCGACUUCCGAAAGCAAAGCUGAUAACUCUGUGCAAACAUGAGUCUAUCCUGAAAUGGAUGUGUAACUGUGACCAUGGGAUGUACCAGGCUUUGGUGGAGAUUCUCAUCCCCGACGUCCUUAGACCUAUUCCUAGUGCCUUGACCCAAGCCAUUCGAAAUUUUGCAAAAAGCCUUGAAGGUUGGCUUUCCAAUGCCAUGAACAAUAUUCCACAGAGAAUGAUACAAACCAAGGUUGCAGCUGUAAGUGCCUUUGCCCAGACUCUGCGAAGAUACACGUCGCUCAAUCACCUGGCCCAGGCAGCUCGUGCAGUGCUUCAGAACACUUCUCAGAUCAACCAGAUGCUCAAUGACCUCAACCGUGUCGACUUUGCCAAUGUCCAGGAGCAGGCUUCCUGGGUAUGUCAGUGUGAUGACAACAUGGUUCAGAGACUAGAAACAGACUUCAAGAUGACUCUUCAGCAGCAGAGCACCCUGGAGCAGUGGGCUGCAUGGCUUGACAAUGUGAUGAUGCAAGCACUGAAACCCUAUGAAGGAAGACCCAGUUUUCCUAAAGCUGCCAGGCAGUUUCUGCUAAAAUGGUCUUUCUACAGCUCAAUGGUUAUUCGGGACUUAACCCUACGCAGUGCUGCUAGCUUUGGCUCCUUCCACCUGAUCCGUCUGCUCUACGACGAGUAUAUGUUCUACUUAGUAGAACAUCGUGUUGCUCAGGCAACAGGAGAGACACCCAUAGCGGUCAUGGGUGAGUUUGGUGAUUUAAAUGCUGUGUCUCCUGGAAAUCUGGAUAAAGAUGAAGGCAGUGAAGUGGAGAGUGAAAUGGAUGAGGAAUUAGAUGACUCUUCAGAACCUCAAGCCAAAAGAGAGAAAACCGAGCUGAACCAGGCAUUUCCGGUGGGCUGUAUGCAGCCUGUCCUCGAGAGUGGCGUGCAGCCAAGCCUCCUGAAUCCAAUUCACAGCGAGCACAUCGUCACGAGUACUCAGACUAUCAGACAGUGCAGCGCUACAGGAAAUACCUACACUGCAGUCUAAAGAAUAUUAAAACGUAUUUUUCCAGCUAACAUUAACCCUGUUGAUAUUGGGCUUAAGUUGAAAUUUUAAUAAGCCUGAAGGUCAACGGUUGUCAAAUUCUCUGUGCUGAACAUUACCUUUUUGGAGUUGUGAAAUGGAAUGGGUGUAUGUAUUUUGCCAGGUCUUUUUUUUUUUUUUUAAUGUAAACAAAUUAUUUGCUUCUUAAUGAUGAGUUUUUUUCCCCUUAGUUUUGGGUGUCAAGAAGGAUUUUUACAACACUUAAUGUCAAUGUUUUUGUUUUCUUAUAAUUAAAAAAUAAUUUACAUUUUUUGUAGCUUAAAAUAUUUUAUUGUUGAUUGUUAGUCUUGGUGUAUGAUUUCAUGUGUAAGUUUUUAAUUAGAUGCACUUCUGUGAAAUAUCAAAAGAAAUGAUUUUCUUUGAUUUACACUGGAGGCAUGCCCACUGGGCAGCAGAUGCAUCAAAUUUGCUUUUGAAAGGUGCUUUUCAUUGGACAGAACCACAAGACACUAUUUUCAUAAC